GUUUUGCUCAUAUCCGCAAGAUAUUGUCAUCCAGCUGGUGGAGCGGUGUCAUAUUCGAAAAUUGCAGUUACUGGCUCACCAGUAUAUGAUCUCUGCAAAAAUUGAAUUCUACAUAAGUGACAGUUUACCUGAGUACUUUUCUUCAAGCAACUCAGAUAGAUUCCGCAGACUUGGUUACAUAUCACUGUCUGACAAUGAGAAAACUGGUUUUAAGGCUCGUGAGUUGAAGUCUGUACAUGUAGAUGCCAUUGGGCAAUAUCUGAAGCUAACUUUUCACAAAAAUCAUGUCAACCGAUACAAUCUAUACAAUCAGGUUGCCCUGGUGGCAGUUAAUGUCCUUGGUGAUCCUGUUGACACCAGUGAAAUGGAAAACACACCCACACGGGAACAGCUAAUUGAACAUUAUCUUAAUAACUCACAUAAUGACUCAUCUGUUGAUGCAACUUACAUGGG